AUGGUACAAGAAGUGAUUGAUGAUUGUAGAUUUAUAGGUAAAAAAUUGAUGGAUGCACAACCAACAAUGUUAGUAAUUGGAAAUGUAACAAGAAGAGUAUUAUUUAUUAUUAGAGAUGAAUUUGGACAAUUAAUAUUAACUAGAAAGAAAUCCACAAAUAUUGUAACAAGUGGAAAUUUAUCAAAUUUACUUGAAAUGAAAAGUAAUAUUGAUUAUGAUGAACCAUUUGAAAGUGGAUUAAAAUUAAGAAUAAUUGAAGGAGUUAAUGAAUUAAUUGGAGAAAUGGAAGGUUUAUAUAAAGAUAUUUGUGAUUUAGCAACAGAACAUAUACAAUCAAAUGAAGUCAUUUUAACAAUUGGAUUAUCACAUACUGUUGAAUUCUUCCUUUUAGCUGCUGCACAAAAAGGUAAAGAAUUUGAUGUUAUUGUAACUGAAAAUGCACCUUCUUAUUCAGGUCAUAAAAUGGCACUUAAAUUAAGUAAGGCUGGUAUUAGAACAACUUUAAUUUCAGAUGCUGCUAUUUUUGCAAUUAUGGAUAGAGUUAAUAAGGUUAUUGUUGGUACACAUGCUGUUAUGGCAAAUGGUGGUCUUGUUUCUCCAACUGGUACUCAUCUUGUUGCUUUAGCUGCAAAAGAAAAAUCAAUUCCUGUUGUUGUUUGUAAUGGUUUAUACAAAUUAACUCCACUCUAUCCUUUAGAUCAAGAUUCUUUCAAUGAUAGACAUUCUCCUUUGGAAAUUAUCAAAUUAGAAGAUGGUACUCUAUUGAGAAAUGUUCAUGUUGUUAAUCCUGCUUUUGAUUACGUUCCACCUGAAUUGGUCGAUUUAUUCAUUACAAAUGUUGGAAGUCAUAGUCCUUCCUAUGUUUAUGCUCUCUUAGCUCAAUAUUAUGAUGUUAGAGAUUAUGUUUUAGAAUAA